AAAUUACCUUAUUCGUGUAUCGUCAACAGUUACUGUACAUUACCAUGUUUCUUAUGUAUUUUGAUAUAUUUGCAAUCGACGAGGCGACGUUUGCUUUCCCCCCAGCUCUCGAAAAUUUGGCUAUCACGGAUAAAUAUCGCCGAUCGCUACGCGAUCACACCGAGUCACAUCGAUCCGUACCAAGGGAUUCGGAUAUUUAUAGGAGAAAGCGGGAGACUCGAAAGCGAGACGGUUGAUGGUUUUUGUGGUCGAAAAGAGCGGCUAACCGUUGCACCGUGUCGACAGUUUUGCCCGCGUGAUUUCCUAUUCCGGGGGAAUAGACCGUCGUCGACCCGUGAAAUUCUGUAAUGAAACGUGAAUCAGAUAUUCCAGUCUGAUUUGUCCUGUAAACGAUUUAUAUUGACAUCGAGUAAAUAAAGCUCGUUGCAUCUACAAUCAACUUGCUUCUUCCACCCUCCUGUAGUAGAUUUGUUCUAUACUCUUUUUUGUUUUAAUCGCGUAUUCUUCAUCCCGCGCAUACUUUUCGAAGAAGGAAAAAAUACAGAUCUGUUCUUCGAAAAGCGUUAUCGUGAAUGUAGGUAAUCGAGUUACGCGAGCGAGCCGAGCUAAUGCCUAACAAAUCAAAUUAACCGGCGACCUAAUACGAUUACUGGGGCAGUGGGGUAGACGAUCUUGAGGCUUCUUUUGUGUGUUGUCGGAAAUUGUCGGGCAGUUUUCACAUGUCGGACAUCGGUGGCGUUUAGUUCUCAUACUUUUCCGCGUUGCUCGAAGGAGGGUAAAAAAUGGGCAAGGACGACGCCGAGACCGUAGCCCUGAAGAAAGAAUUGGAGGAUCUCAUCAACAAAUGCAAGGAGGACCAAAAGAAGCAGCAGGACACGACGUUGGAGGAAGCGUGCAGUGGGGUGGCGGACGCUUCGAAAGUCAGACUGUCAACUAAGAAGAUGCUGAAGGGGCAUAUUAAUAAAGUCAAUUCGGUGCACUACAGUGGCGAUAGUCGGCAUUGCGUGACCGGAUCGUUGGACGGGAAGCUGAUCAUCUGGGACACGUGGACCGGCAACAAGGUGCAGGUCAUCCCCUUGCGUUCAGCCUGGGUGAUGUCGGUGGCUUUCGCGCCGAGCGGCAAUUUCGUUGCGUGCGGCGGUAUGGACAACAUGUGCACCGUCUACGACGUGAACAACCGCGACGCCACGGGAUCCGCUAAGAUCAUGAGGGAGCUUCUGGGUUACGAGGGCUUCCUGUCGUCCUGCAGAUUCCUCGACGACAAGAAAAUCAUCACCGGAUCCGGCGACAUGAAAAUUUGCAUAUGGGACCUGGAGGCGAACAAGAAAACGACGGACAUCGAGGCGCACACGGGCGACGUGGUGAGCAUCAGCCUGUCCCCCGACGGCAACACUUACGUCACCGGCUCGGUCGACAAAACCUGCAAGCUGUGGGAUUUGCGGGAAGAGAAAGCCAAGCAGACGUUCUUCGGCCACGAGGCUGACGUAAACUCCGUCUGCUAUCAUCCCUCCGGACAAGGUUUCGUAACAGCGUCCGAGGACAAGACCGCGAGACUGUGGGACUUCAGGUCCGAUCAACAGUUGGCCACCUUCAAGCCGCCGAGCUCGAAUCCCGGGUUUACGUCCUGCGGCCUGUCUCUGAGCGGCAGAUUCAUAUUUUGCGGCAGCGACGAUAACUCCAUUCACAUAUGGGACACGUUGAAGAAUCAACACAACGGUGUCUUGUCUGGCCAUGAAAACAGAGUGACGUCCCUCUGCGUCUCAGGCAAUGGGAUGGCGGUGGCCAGCUGCUCCUGGGAUCAGCACGUCCGGAUUUGGGUGUGAAUAUACAUAUAACGUUUAAUACAUUUAAAAGAGAGAGAGAGAGUUGUCUGUGAAGCAAUCGAUGAGAGAAUGUUUUGGGCGAGAUACAUUACCACAAAUAUAUUGAUGUUAAAAGCCGA